AUCAGCCACAGUUAAACCUAAUUUUCAUUAUCCUUUCUUCUGCGAACUCUAAUUUCUCUUUCUUUCUCUCUCCUAGGGUUUCCAUCUUCUCUCAUUUGCUUUUACUCGCUUUCCUUCGUCUCGGAUCUUGUUGCUGGCCCAAUGGAGUUUGGUGGUGGACGCAAGAGAGGCAGGCACGAGGCUGCCUUGAACGGCAAUGGAGGCCUCAAGAAAUCCAAGCAAGAAAUGGAGUCCUUUCCAACUGGUAUAGGAAGCAAAUCGAAGCCAUGCACAAAGUUUUUCAGCACUUCUGGUUGCCCAUUUGGUGAGAGCUGUCACUUCUUGCACUAUGUUCCUGGUGGCAUAAAAGCAGUGUCUCAGAUACUUGGUAGCAACCCAGCUCUUCCUGCAGCUUCCAGAAGUUCAGUAGUGCUACCAUCCUUCCCUGACGGGUCAUCUCCUCCAGCUGUAAAAACCCGUUUGUGCAACAAAUUCAACACCCCAGAAGGUUGUAAAUUUGGUGAUAAAUGCCAUUUUGCCCAUGGUGAGUGGGAGCUAGGCAAGCCAACUGGUCCUGCCUAUGAAGAUCCUCGUGCCAUGGGACCAAUGCCAGGAAGGAUGGCUAGCAGGAUGGAGCCCCCCUCACAAGGUCUUGGUGCUGCAGCGAGCUUCGGAGCAUCUGCCACUGCUAAGAUCAGCAUUGAUGCAUCCCUUGCUGGAGCUAUUAUUGGUAAAAAUGGUGUGAACUCAAAGCAUAUUUGUCGUGUUACGGGAGCCAAGCUUUCCAUAAGGGAGAAUGAGUCAGAUCCUAGUUCAAGGAACAUUGAGCUUGAGGGAACAUUUGAUCAGAUCAAGCAAGCCAGUGCAAUGGUUCGUGAACUCAUUUUAAAUGUUGGUUCAGCUUCUGGAGGUAGCAUGAAGAAUCCUGCUAUGAGUGGCUCUGGUGCAGCAAACAACUUUAAGACUAAGCUUUGCGAGAACUUUUCCAAAGGAUCCUGCACCUUUGGGGACAGGUGCCAUUUUGCGCAUGGAACAGAAGAAUUGCGCAAACCAGGAAUGUGAAUUCCUUCUUGUUUGGUGAUUCCCGUGGUGUUAGGUCAGAACUCUUGCUGUAGCCUUUGGUUAAUUUGGUGUGUUUCUAUGAGUUUUGCCUUUUGUCGGAUGCAAGGGUAGCUUGGAGUCAAGAGGUUUCUAGGUAUUUCUUUUCUGAUAUUUUUGAUAAUUCUCUUUGUACCUGCGGAAACUGGGGCCAAGUUGCUAGCUCACUAUGAGUUGGUUAAUUCUUCAGCAGUAAGCCUAGACUAAAUUAAACAGAUUUAACAGAUUCA